CUCGGCUUAUACUUGUCACGAUUUGAACCACCCCGACCCAGAACAGCAUCGUUAUCGUUGGAAAUCACAAAACACCACUAUCAUGGAAUCAAGAUCUCAUAUUCCAGUGGGCCCUCCGAUAUCCAACCCACUGCCUUCAUACUGGCACAAUCCCAAAUCUCCCCUGGCAAAUGUCAUCGAACCAGAAACAGAAGCACCAUCCCAGCCCUACGACUAUGCUAUCAUCGGCUCCGGGAUCUCGGGAGCAAUGAUCGCAUACAAUCUUCUUUACUCAGACCCCAAUCCCAGCACCACUCACGCUGGCCCACGCAUUGUCAUGUUGGAAGCGCGAGAAAUCUGUGGCGGGGCUACCGGCAGGAACGGUGGACAUACAAAAGCCGCAUCCUAUCGAACGUACCUGCAGCACAGAGACAAAUUCGGCAAAGAAGAAGCGCUGAAAAUUGCACGAUUGGAGUACUCAAAUAUCAUAGCCACACAUCAAAUGGUGAAUGAGUUGGAGAUCGAGUGUGAUAAUCAGAGAUGUAAUACCGUCGAUCUCAUAUACGACGAAGGAACAUUUCAACAAGGCAAGCAAUCUAUUGAGGCGUUACGGAACGACGCCACUGAAGAUGAGAAAAUGCCAGGCGGUAUGGCUUGGUACAAGGUUUACGAAAAAGACGACGGAAUCCAGCAGAAAUUUUGGGUCAGCGACACGAACACAAACCCCGCUUCCACUAUGAACGGGAAACAAGAAAAUUUGGUGGGGGCUUUCGAAUAUAUUGCAGGGCGUAUAAAUGCAUACAAACUGGCAACGGGGAUAAUUAAGCUCUGCGUACAAAAAGGUCUCCAACUGUGUGCUAAUACGCCAGUGCAUUCUAUACUUCCUCGCGGGCCGGAGAUGUACGAGGUCUUCACGCAGCGCAGCGUCCUUGGAGCCCGUAAUGUUAUAUUGGCGACCAACGGGUACACGCCGUAUCUUCUUCCAUCCCUCCAGGGAGCUAUUGUUCCCCUUCGUGGACAAAUCACUACACAGCAGCCUCCGAGAUCUGCCGUACAUCCUAGUGUACUGCCACGAACGUUUUCGUUCAUAUAUGCCGAGGGGUAUGAAUAUAUGGUAUCAAGAAACGAGCCAGAUGGAACGCAGCAUGUCGUUAUUGGGGGUGGAUUGGGUAGGUUGAGCGAGGGUGGAGCAAGUGAGUUUGGGACCGUGGAUGAUAGCCGCUUGAACGAUGAAGUGUCGGAGUAUCUACGAGGGACACUGACUGGGUAUUUCGGGAGUGCACAUAUGAACGGGGAUGCAACUGGAAACAUCGAAGAUACGCGAUAUAACACCGUACAAGAAUGGACGGGGAUCAUGGGUGCUACAGCAGAUGGUUUGCCGUUUGUAGGUGAGAUACCCGGAAAGAAGGGAAUGUGGAUAUUGGCAGGGUUCAAUGGACACGGAAUGGUGCUUUGUCUGAAGAGCGCCGACGCUUUGGCAAGAAUGCUCACGGAUGACGGCAAAGGAAACGAGGAUUUCCCUGAGAGCUUUCUCAUCACCGAAGAGAGAGUUAAGAAUAGUGUUUUCAGGGGAAGGGCAGACAUGAGAGUUCCUGAAACUCAAGGUGGGCCGGUAGGGUGUGGCAUCAAUGCUUAA